UGCAUUCAUUUUUCCCUUGCAUUUUCCGGUUUUUAUCGUUAAUCGAUUUGUCAUGGGUAAAGCCUCUUCCGCGCCUUCGGGCUCUGCCGCCGAUAUUCCUUCUCCUGCAGGCCCCAAGACCUUGGUGCAAUGGUACCUUCUUUCUUACAACCAGGUCUCCUUUCUCGGUUGGUUCUGGAUCCUCUUCUUGACCGUCUCGCAACUCGUCAUUUCCGGCGGCAACUUUGCUUCCGUCUUUGAUGUUGUAUGGCCUUGGCUUUCCGUUGUCCAAACCGCCGCCAUCUUUGAGGUCAUUCACGCUGCUCUCGGUUGGGUCAGAGCUCCAUUGUUGACGACAACAUUGCAAGUGAUUUCCCGUUUGUUCUUAGUGUGGGGCGUCAAUUACAUGUUCCCUGCCAUUCACACCCAUUGGUCAUUUACCACCAUGGUCACGGCAUGGUCCAUUGCUGAGUGUGUCCGAUACGCUUACUACACUUUCCAUUUGGCUUCUUCGGUUCCGGCCAUCAUCUCGUGGGCUCGUUACACCUUUUUCCUCGUCCUCUAUCCCGCGGGUGUCUCUUCCGAGAUCAUGAUGGUCUACAAAGCCUUGCCUUACGCGCGUCAGUUCCAUGAAGCUUAUUUCCUUGCUUUGGUCAUUGCCACCUUUGUUUACAUUCCAGGUUUCCCGCUCUUAUUCUCGCACAUGCUUGUUCAGCGCAAAAAAUAUCUUCGUGGAAACUUUAAAAAGGCCGAAAAGAAAGCUCAGUAAAAUAGGACGUUUUUUAUUUGAGAAUAAAGCAAAUCAUUAUCACU